AUGUCAGUGAAGUAUGAAGACCUCCAGUACUUGGAGAGUGAGAAGAAAAGCCAGGGGUUUACAGAUGGGCUGCCUGCCCUCAAGACCUUCCUGCAGCGGCUCCUCUCCAGCACCCGCUCCUUCCUGCUCUCCCUGGGCCUCAGCCUCCUCCUGCUGGUCGGCAUCUGUGUGAUCGGAUCCCAAAAUUCCAAGUUUCAGAGGGACCUGGCAACCCUGAGAACAACUUUCAGCAACUUCACUUCAAACGCUACGGCUGAGGUCCAGGCACUCAAAUCCCAGGGUGAGCCUGGUGGAAGUUUGCAAGAAAUGAUAACAUCUCUGAAAGCUGAGGUGGAAAGUCACAAGCAGGAGCUGCAAGCAGCCCGUAGCUUGAAUGACAAGGUGCUUUCUCUGGAGAGCAGCCUGGAGAACCAGCUGCAGGAACUCAAAGCAGGUUAUUCCGAAAUGCUCCUGCGAGUCCAACAUCUGGUCGAGAACCUGAACUCCCUGACCUGCAAGAUGGCUGCUCUCAAGAGCAACGGCUCGCAAAACAACUGCUGUCCUACCAAUUGGCUGGAGCAUGAAGGCAAAUGCUACUGGGUCUCUUCCUCGGGGAAGCCCUGGCCCGAGGCUGAGAAGUACUGCCAGCUGGAGGACGCCCACCUGGUGGUCAUCAACUCCAGAGAGGAACAGGAUUUUGUCCAGGCCCAUAUAGGCUCCUUCUACACCUGGAUGGGCCUCAGUGAUCUGGAUGGAGUCUGGAAAUGGGCGGAUGGGACGGACUAUGAGACCAACUUCAAGAACUGGAAGCCAGGCCAGCCGGACGACUGGCAAGGGCACGGGCUGGGUGGGGGCGAGGACUGUGCCCACUUCCACCCCGAUGGCAAGUGGAAUGACGACGCGUGCCAGAGACCCUACCACUGGAUCUGCGAGGCUGGGCUGAGCAAGGGCAGCUAG